GUCAAUUGCCUGCUUCCGUCACGAGUGGUCAAUCAACCACAUUCGGAAUCGUAUACUGUACUGAUUGUCGGAUGACUCGUGGUUCGUGAAGGGCUUUUUCCUCAUCCCUGUGCAGAAGCACAACUCCAUAAUAUCAUUCACUGCUCCAUAUCAAAGAGCUGUGGUUCUAGGAUCUUGGGCACGUCGUACACACUUCGGCUGCGGUAGAAAGCCUCAGCUUGCAUGGCGCCUCUCAAGCUCGCGAUAGUGGGCGGAGGGCCCUCGGCUUUCUACGUGGCAUCACGACUGCUCUCGCUGCUACCGCAGACCAGUGCGCAUGCAUCAUCCCUCAAGAUACACCUCUACGAUCGAUUAUGGGCUCCAUAUGGUCUCGUACGUUACGGGGUCGCUCCAGACCACCCUGAAGUGAAGAACUGUACGCAUAAGUUUGAUACUGCCGCGACCGACCCCCGCCUCCGCUUCUUCGGCAACGUGAACAUCGGCACUCCCUCGCCCAUCCCCACCACGCUGCCUCUCUCUCUCCAGUCCCUGCUCCCCUACUACACCCACGUCCUCUUCUCGACCGGCUGCUCCGUCCCCAUCCUCCACCCCGCUCUCCCCCCAUCCCAGUUCUGCGUUCCCGCGCUCUCCCUCGUGCACUGGUACACCCAACACCCCUCUGCCCCCCGCCCUCCCCCCGACCUCUCGCGCAUCCGCCACGUCACGCUCAUCGGCCAAGGCAAUGUCUCGCUCGACGUCGCGCGCAUGCUCCUCACCCCGCCCGAGCACCUCGCCCAGCACGACGUCCCCGCCCCCGUGCUCGCCGCCCUCCGCGCCUCCGCCGUCGAGCACGUCUCGAUCGUCGGCCGGCGCGGCCCGCUCCAGGCGGCGUUCACGACCAAGGAGCUGCGCGAGAUGAUGAACCUGCCCGACGCGUCCAUGGCCCCGCUCGACUCCGCGCUCCUCGCAGCCGCACAGACCAACGGCGGCGCGGCGCUCACGCGCCAGCAGGCGCGCACGCUGCAGCUCCUCCAGAAGGGCUCGAAGAACCCCCCGGGGAGCACGCGGAAGACGUGGUCGCUCGACUUCUUCCGCGCCCCCACCGGCCUCGUCACCCCGCCGUCCGGACCGUCCCCCUCCGCGCGCGCGCAGCUCACGCUCGCGCACACGGCGCUCGACCCCGCCCAGCGGGCCGUGCCCACGGGGGAGACCUCGACGCUCGCGACGGACCUCGUCGUGACGUCGCUCGGGCACCGCGCGGAGCCGUCGCUGCCGUGGUACGACCCCGGGCUGGCGCGCCUGCACACGCUGCGCGGGCGGGUGCUCGGCGCGGACGGGCGCUUCGUGCGGAACGUGUACGCGAGCGGGUGGGCGGCGAUGGGCGCGCGCGGGGUGCUCGCGAGCACGAUGCUCGACGCGUACGCGGUCGCGGACACGAUCCUGAGGGACCAUUUUCCUCAGUUCGGCCCUGCCUCCGCCUCCACUUCUCCUGAGGAGGAGGGGGGAAGCACGACUGUGGGCGGGGAGCCGAAGCGCGCGGCGGACCUCGGGGCGGCGGUGGACGCGGUGGAGGUCUUGCCGCGCGGGGAGGACGUGGACUUUAAAGCGGUCCCGCCCGAGGUGGACGCUGGGCUGCGCGAGGGGCGGGUGACGGAUUUCGAGGACUGGAAGGCGAUCGACGCUGAGGAGAUCAGGAGGGGGCAGGCGGCAGGCAAGGAGCGCGAGCGGUUCGUGAGCUGGGACGAGGCGCGAGAGUUUUUGGCGAAGGUCAGGACGUAGAAGAGGACGCAGUCCAAAGGCCCCGCGGAUGUGCCAUGUUGAACUCAAUCGUACAUAACCUUACCGCUUAACCCCGUCUUGUCGGCGAGGAAAUAACGUAGAGCCUGUCAAUCUAUCAUUGCCUCUCACCGCUCUGUCCACGGAAUCUAUGUUCUUGGGAGCUGGAACGUGUAUGUUUCCACCACGGCCAAGCUUGACAUAGGGUUCGAGACCGUUCCUCGGCGUUGUAUCGGCGCAGCGUGAACGCCAAUUGCAAGUGUCUUUGCAGGCCGCACCUCAUUUCGUCCCUACCGCUAUUUCGCGGGAAAUAAGUUGCCUCGAUGUGUGUUCCCGUAAAUAAGUAUGGAAGGAAAGAAGGAUCGACAAGGAUUGUUGGGCUGCGGCCGCGAAGUCAAGGCGCGAGGCCUGUCGCGACAUCAUCGAGCUCCAACCCGCGCUGGCGGCCCACAACAUACCCACGCGCUUGUCGCGACCGAUCCUAGAAUAUCCCAAGGCACGUCCGCUUCAUAAUUUAUCACUUAACAGUCCACCCUCAGAAUCUUUGUUCUUCUCCACUACUUGACCUUCUUUCUGCCUUGCGCCCCGAGCUCACUCGUUCCUCUCGGUCGACUCGCGGUCGCGCUGCGCCAAGUUGCACUCACCCCAAGCCAGCCGCCGUUAUCGCCUCCGCUUCGCCGCGUCUGCAAAUGAUCGCGCGCCUCGCCAGCCGCGUCGCUGCCGCCGGCAUUCUCGCACUCGCUGCGUCGGUCCCGCUCGCGCACGCCCAGCAGCUCACCAGCGACGACCUGGCCAACGUCAAGGCCCGCCUCGCGCAAGGGGCCACACACAGCUGGGAGAUCGGCACCCGCGCCCAAGCACUCACCGAAUUCGACUCGCCCUCCUACUCCGUCCUCAACGACUCCUCCCUCCCGCCCCUACAAGGCUCCGCGCCCUCCUCUCUCGAUGAAGUCGUCUCUAUCGCACGCUCGGUCGUCCAGAAUUUGACCAACGUGGGCCAGGGCGCCCAGCCGCUCAUCGGGGGCACGACCAGCGGGGAGGCCGCGGGCGAUCCCGCGAGCAUCGGCGUCGCCGUCCUCUUGGCGAACUGGACCGGGGCAGGGGCAGCGGACAAGCUGGACUACGCGGGCGCGGCGCGGGACCAGCUCGAGUACCUGCUGGAGAAGGUGCCGCGGACGAGCGACGGCGCGAUCUCGCACCGGGUGGAGAACGUGCAGCUGUGGUGAGUGCGCCCGUUGAGUGUCUCUGUCGGCGGCCGUUUGUGCCUUCCUUGCGUGCUCCGAACGGUGUCCGCUGGGCGCGCGGGGUAAUCAGGCCUGCGUGGUACCUAGAGUCGACGAGGCACGGUCCGCGCAUGUCGGAAUCCAAUAUUGACAGCAUUCACGUUCGUGGGACGCCCAGGGCCGACUUUGUGUACAUGGUGCCGCCCUUCCUGGCUUACUACGGCGUCCUCACACGGAACCAGACGCUGGUGCAAGCCGCAUACGACCAAUGUCGAUUGUACAGGGAAGCACUAGUCGAUACCGACGCUGGGGGGAUGUGGAGGCACAUCGCGGGGAACGACAGUGACACUGGCCACUGGACUACCGGCAAUGGCUGGGCGGCCGCCGGGAUGCUCCGCGUGCUGGGCACGAUCCAGCACUCGCAAUACUCGAAAAGCAUGAAGUCGCAAGCGAAGGACCUCGCCGGCUGGGUCUCGCAGAUCCACAACGGCAUCUACCCCCAUCUGCAAACCACAGGGCUGUUCAAGAACUACGCCGACGACAGCACCUCCUUCGACGACGCGUCCGGCACGGCGAUCCUCGCGAGCACCGUCUACCGCCUCGCGCUCCUCUCGGGCGUCCACACCAACGUCCCGAACGCGGAGAAGUCCCGGAUCGCCCUCUUCGCCCCUUCCGCCUCGUCGCCGUCUUCCUCAUCGUCGUCGUCGUUAUCUUCAUCCUCCUCAUCCCCCUCUUCCUCACACGCCUCAUCAGGCACUUCCUCCAGCACCGCCCCGUCGUCCAGCGCGACCUCUCCGAGCCUCGCGCACUUCACGUCCGACGGCUGGCUCACGCCCGUCGUGAACCCGUACAACGUCGGCGCGCAGGGCGAGCACAGCCCCGAGGGCGAGGCGUUCGUGCUCGAGAUGUACGCCGCGUGGCGCGACUGGGCUGCGGUCGGGUCUCCAGGCCAGAACGGGGCCGCGGCGCAGGGGACGGGGCUCGCGGCGAUCGUCGCGGCGCUGUGUGCGGCGUUCUUGCUGGGGUGUUGAGAUGCCCGCUGCACACACGUUCUCAUACCUACAAGGGAAAAUACUCUAGAGCGCAGAUCGUGGAACAUUGAUGGACGUUUGAACGGACUUUUUAUAAGUGGGAUAUGAGGGGGAUUGUCUUGCUUACAGGCUCACAGGAACGUAUCAACGGUAGCUUUGUUGUAAUCCUGCCACACCCUACUAUACCUUCAUUAUUUGCUCGCGUUGUGAGUUGUGUCGAUUUCUGGUCGAACCGAUUUGUCGC